ACACACACACACACACACACACACACACACACACACUCUCUCUCUCACUCACUCUGAGAGGGGUGUGUUAUGGUGUGGUUCUGAGACUUCUCUGUUAAGGUAACGGGUGGGGUGUAUAUUACAUUUAAGAGAGGGUUUAUUGGGGAAUAAUAUCAUUAGCUUUUUCCUGUGAGGACUAGAAGACCAUGAUCCAAAGAUUGUGUUUGUGUGUGCUUGUGAUGAACGAGGGACAAAAGCAGGCUGAUUAGAAUGACAAGUCAGAUCAGUCAUUCCCUAAUCAAAAGGGUGUGUACUUCAUAGACUGUACAAUCCAAUGAUUUUUCUACAUAACUAAUAAGAUAGCUGUUUAUUCUACUAUUAACUUUUGUACCCGAACAUCGAUCAGAAACUCAUACAGACCAACUAAUUUGUGUGUGUGUGUGUGUGUGUGUGUGUGUGUGUGGUUGUGUGUGUGUGUGUCAGUGGGUAUGUGCCGCUAUGUGCCGCCAUGUGGUCACUGUUCCCCACCCUCUUCAUUGCCACCUUGAGCACAAGAACUCAGGGAGAGAACCAGUGCAAAUGAGCUCUUUGCGAUCUAGACGUCUGUCGUAGAAGCGUUCUUCACACACAGCAUCGCCUGUGUGUGGAGCUGGGAGCAGGGGGAACCCGAGUGAAGUUGUGACUCAUUGAUUGAUUCACAUAUGUGCUUUUCUGUACAAACUGAUCUGUGUUUCUGAUAUUUCAAGAGGGGAACUGGAUGGUUUUUGUUUUUUGUUUGUGUUGUUUAUUUGUUUUGGGUUGUUUUUUUUUAAUGCCAAAGGUUGGUAGGGAUUCGGCCAUUGGAGUAGAGAUGGAAACCCAUGUCACCAAUUGGUCAUCUUCAGGUGAAUGACAUGAACAGGGGUGGAGGGGGUCAGCAGUCCUCAGAAAUCAGUUCAAACUAUCUGAGGAGCCUGAGGUGUUGCUUUAGGAUGGAAGCAGACUUGAAAAACACCAAUAUGAGAGACAAUAUAUACAUGAAAAUGUGUGUGUAUAUAUAUAUAUAUGUAUAUGUGUAUAUAUAUAUAUAUAUAUAUAUAUAUAUAUAUAUAUAUAUAUAUAUAUAUAUAUGCUGUAUUUAUUUUGCAUAAGAUUCAGGUUGUAUAUUUUUUAGAAUCGUUGUUUGUUAUGUGACUUGUGAGUUGUUGCACAUUGUAUUUUAAUUGUUUUUGUCGUUAAAUGGGUGUUUCAUGGGUUGGCACAAGGCAACUGUCCUACUGAGCAUUCCUACCCGGUACUGAUUGGUUCAGAUACCCACACCAUUGCAAAGGCAGUCUCGUGACCCCCAUCCUCAUCCACCAAGGCCAUUUUUGUCAGAUGAAAAAAAAAUUGGAUAAUACAGUGACAUACCCUGUCAGAAUGGAGUAAUUCGUUUUGACUCAACUAUAUCCCCUCAGAGUCCUUAGCAGUUUUUUCAUUGACGCAGAUAUAUCUGAAAACAUUUUCUUGAAGGCGGAAAGCAUAAAGAUGCGCUGUUCCUGGUCUGCUUACUUCAAACCAUUCCGUUAGGAUGUCGUUGUUGAUGUUUGGCACUGGACACUUCAAGAGGUAGCAAAUGAACUGGUUGACAGACGUCACUUGUCACCAAUGAAAACCAUGCCUGUGGUUGAUUCCAGGUUUAUGGCACCUCACUUUUCCCCCAUGCAUUGCUAGCAUCCUCAUGGUAAUUGAGUGCAAUUUGUAUGUUAAGCUUUAACUGACCGGCUGCAUCGACGGACGUUAUGUCUCUGUAAUACCAAACAAAGAUGGCUGCUUCAGACUUUCUCGUCUGUAUUGUUUCAGAUAAGUCGGGUGAAGAUCUGUUCUGUGGGUUGUGAGCCAUAUAGGCCCAAACGUGAUGUGAGAGAGACUGGAUUUGCACUGACUGGUUCAAGUCCCUUUGUGGUGUGGUUUACAAAGCAGACUCUUGCUUUGUUGAAGGGGACUAACUAAGCACUUUUUUGCUGCCAUACACAAAGACUGAUUUCAUUUGCGCUCCUUUCAACUUUUUAUUUUCCAUUUUUUGUAAAUUAAAGUGGUCUAGGACAAUCAGGGUGGGGAGUAAAUAUUGAAAUGCUUUACAGUUCAUUGUAUAAAAUUCAAGACAUUUUAGAAAAAUGAAGUUUGUUGUACCAAAUCUUAGACUAUUUUCUUUUUGCUGCACAGCUCCAUUUUGUCUGUUUCUCACUAUUGUACUUGUAGAUUGCCAACAAUACCAACUUCUUCAGAAAGUUGCAAAAUGGAACACAUCCAUGCCUUCACAAUACUGUAAAAAAAAGUCAUAAUAUAUGUUGGUGAGCUUUGUUCUGCCUUAAUGUUUUUGGUACUGUAUUGCCAUAUAGCUCUGUGGCCUGUAGUUAUGCACCCUUGAUUGCUCAUCAUUUUUUAUAUUUAAAUUUUUUAGUUAAUGGAUCCUCUUAAAGGAUUCAUGCAAUCGCGGGGCCUGUAGUUCUGAAAGUUUUCUGUGUUUUUGUGACUGGAAUGUUUUGGUUCUCGUCUCUAGUUCUACAACCACAGCAGCAUAUUCCACCUGGGGAUCGACAAAGCUGGAGUCUUAGUCCAAAGAACCUUAAGUAUGAUGUGUGAUUUACUUUAUUUAAUUUUUUUCAGGGCUAUCUUUAGACUGUGAGACACUACUCACUGAAACUAUCUAGCAAGACAGGAGGUAAAAUGUUAUCACAUUAUUUGCCAAUAUUUCUGUUGGGGGUGUGUUUCCUCUCCAUUGUCUCCAGCUUUUGUUUUAAUUUGUACAUUUUCAAGGAAGAAACAACAUAUUUUAUUUUCUAUUUCAGUGGAAACAUUACUGCAGCUUGUUCCAUUGCUUUUGUACUGACACUCCAUAACAGUAUAAAUCCAUUAGCCCAAGAAAACUGAAUGUGACUGUGUGAAAAAAGCAAUGUUUUUCAUUCUUUGUGCGGUGAGUUUGUGGAGUGACUUUUUUUUUAGAUGGCAAAUGUACAGUCCUCCAUUUUCUCUCGCAGGCUUUAAUUUUAAAUAUGUACAUAAUGUUUUGUAACUACUGUCUUAACCAAUUUUGGACUUGAGAUGUUAAUAAUAAACCUGAGAUAUAUUUCUCUAUUGGAAAGUUUUUUGUAGUUAUUAGUUUUAAACUUUUAAGUUCUGUCAAUAACAUACCAUUGCAGAUGCUGUUUUAUAUUGUGUGUACAGUGCAUUAUGGACAAGAAGGGAACAGCUCCUAUAUGGCCAAAUCUUGUGGGAAACUAUCAAGAAAUGAUAACAUCACUCUCAGCAGCACCUUUGCACAAAUGACUGCUUUCAUUUACAGUGUAACUCAUGCUUUCAUAUUUACAGUGUAACUUCACCCCCAACUCCAUCCACUGCUUUGAAAAAUGCUUAAAAAGUGGGCAAGGGGCUGAGAGGUCCAACUACUGUGAAUGAGUCUCGAUCAGCAAAUGAAAAUAAAGUCUCGAGGACAGGUGCUAGAGAAAUUCCAAACAGUCAGCAACAACUCUACCUCAACAUCGGCCUUUCAAGGUUUAGGAUGAUUUAGAUGGCGUGUUGAGCCAUUUUCAACCCAUAAAAUGCUGAUUUUUGUAAAAAAAAUAAAUAGUAAUGUGGUCAAUAUUAAUACCAGCACUGAUGUGUUUCACUACAGUAUAGCCAUAUCAUUUAGUUUACAGCUAAAAAAAAAACAUUUAUGUGUGUAGCACCUCAUUAAUUGGGAAACAUAAUUCAUUUUAGUUUGACCCUCGAACAUAAAUAAAUGUCUAGCUCCAACUAGUGCCCUUAUGUUAUGGACAACGUCAUUUGCAACUGCCUCUGCUUCUUGCAAACAGACCGUGAGCCUCUAAAUUAAGAGCCUCUGCGUCUCCAUCACAUCGUGCCCAUGCUGAGGACACAUCAGAAUGCCUUAUUCGAAACAGAGUGAUCUAUCUGCAUAUUGAAAAGUAAUAGUCUGAUUGAAAUGUCCUUGUGUGGAAGCCUGUGUAUUGUGUUAAAUAUAUUCAUAUAUACGAAGCAUUCCUCGUUCUUUGUUUUGUCUAUGGUUUUCACAUUCUACAGGCUACGGGUGUUUUGUUUUGUUUGUCCCAUUAAACCAGCUCAACAUAAUAGCCUACCUCUAGUAGCAUAAUACUUCAAAACAGUAAAAAAAAGAAUAACUGAAUUAGUCAUCAACAGACUAAGUAGGAUACAAAUGCACUUCCCACUAACAAAAAUAUCCUACAGCUUGUGUUCGCUGUAAAUCUGACUUAAUCCCAUGUGUCUAUGUUUCCAGUCAUGGCAUAUAUGGCAUAUUUUCACUCUCCUUAAAAUGGUUAUUUUUCAUGCAUUUUUUCAUCCGAACAAUUUUGAUAUCAAGUUUAUCAUUUGCUUUAUGUAAGUAGGGCGAGACAUGCCCGUUUUGGUAUUGGAUCACAGACUUUGAUGACAAAUCUAAAUUCUCCAAUCAAAUGCGUCAUUGGCGCUUUUGCUUUAUCUGAGUGGUUCCUUCAAAUAUUCGAAUCGGCUAACCCGGAAAGGGGCGUAGAACCGACUGUAUCUAGCAUGUUUUGAUCAGCAAGAACGUUUUACUGCUGAGAUUUGUGAGAUCGUUUAUUAAAUAAAUCGACUGCAAAGGAGAUUGUUUUGCCUUCAAGUUUUUGGCACUAUCUGGACCUCAGCUCACCGUUUUAUCGUUUCUUGCGAUAAUUUCUGUUAAAUACAAACAUGGGUGACACAGAAGUUGGACCCAAGUUGUCUGGACCAGAUUUGCGGAAGCAAAAACUGAUGGAGUACUUGGCGUCUAAAGGCAGGCUGAAACCUCUCAAUCCAAAGCCUUAUCUUCGGGAUGACUUGGCUCCCAGAAAGUCAAGUAUCAAAACAACACAUGGAGAUAAGGAUAAGGAGAACCAGAUGCCACAUUUCUCAACACUGAAGAAUGACAUGCAGAAAGCAUGCGCUCAGAAGCAAGCAGCCAAGACCAUCUCCAAACCCAAGCUUCCACUGCAGGGAUCUGCAUUUGGUUCUUUCAAAAGAGCUCCCUUGGCACCCACUCAAGGUCUCGCAGCCCAAACCCGCACUCGUAAUCCCUCUGAUUUGAAAGGACAUGGGAAUACGGAAUCAAUCGCAUCACGUGUCUCUGAUCCUCUCAGGGGCAGAGUGGUCAAGCAUCGGCCGUUGGAGGCACAGCAACGUCCAUCAUCUGCCCAUGCUAGAGUAGUCCCUAACAGAGUGCAGUCUCGUCAAAACCCUCAAGGCUCUGCAUCCCAAGCCACGGGUUGCUCUUCACAAGCUAACAAAGCUCUUCUUCGCACCAGAAAACCAAGCAUUGUCCACACACUCCACACACAUGCAGCAUUACAAACCUUACCGAGCAGAAGAGCUGAGACACAAAAGAAACCUCAGCAGUUCGUCAAAAACGUAAAGACUGAUAAUGUUGGAGCUAACAGAGAAUCCGUACCAAAAACCUGCAUGACUUCCAAGCCCUCCCAGGUAACUUUAAAAGCAUUUAAAACACCAGGGCAGAGACUGAAUUCGAAUAACUCCACUAACUGUAAUCCUAAACCUAUUAAGCCCCAAGAGAAGAAAACACAGAGAAGGACGAUAAGCACUGCUAUUUUGACACGCGUCCCCAGUGUUGUCGGCCAGACUCCAAAGCUGAGGCCUUUGGGUCAUGGAUACGUUCAAGGAAAGGACUCCAGAGUGUCCACCUUGCCUUCAGGCGACCCAAAGAUAAACCAGAAACCCGCCGCUCUGGUUAGAAAACCUCCUAGUUCAGUUGUCAGCAAGUGUGCGAGCACAGCGGUCUCCAGGACCCGCCAAGCUCCAGCUUCAUCAGACGUACCCCGGACCACAGCCAAGACUGCCGCACCCUCAACAGACACGCAGCAGAGGGUGGCCAUUGCCAAAGUGUCCACAUUCCGUCUGCCUCCCCCCAAGUCAAGGCUGAGCUGCAGGCCCGCCACUUCACCUGCAGCCAUCACCAAGACGGUGUCACGUAUCGUGAAGAGCACCGGCCAAUUGCUGGGCCCGGAGGUCCUAAAGACCCCUGUGACUCAGGGCAGGCCUCUGAUAGGCGGGCCUGUAACCGAGCUGAAGAAGCCCACGGCAGCCCAGGAGGAACGACAGCGACAACUUAAGGAGUGGCGUGAAGCGAAGGGCAUCUCUUACAAACGGCCGCCGAUGCCGGCGAGGAAGCUGUUGAGGAAGUCCACUGCCGCGCCGCAGCACUACUGGGCGGCCAUGGAAGAGGAGGAGGAGCUCCACGGCCUGGUGUGUGCUGUGGACAGAUCGCUCGCAGACUGCCUGCAGCUGCUUCAGGAGGGUUGCCCCUCCGAGCAGGUGCUGGAUGUGCUGUCUCACGUGCCCAUGGCCGAGAAGUUCAGCAAGUACUGGAUGUGCCAGGCCAGACUGAUGGAACGAGAGGGCAACUUUGAGGUUUUGCCCCUGUUCGAAGAGGCAGUCCGGAUGGUGAGAGAGCCAGUAGACAACCUUCGGGCAGUGGUGUUUGAAAUUCUGAAGAAGAAGGAGACUCAGGCAUAUUUGGAAAAAGACACACAGGUCAAAGAGGAGAUUUUGGAGGAGGAAGCCAUGGCUGACGAACAAGAAAACAUCUUUGCCACUCCCAAGACAGUGAACGCUUUGAUCCGUGGUGCGAAAGGGGACUCAUCCGUUGUGAAAUACAAAAUCACAGCCACCCCAGGCAGGUGCAGCAGUCAGCAUCAGGAGCGCAUGCGUGUGGACGGGCAGGAAGUCCGCUUCCUCACGCCUGUGCGACGCUCGGUGCGCAUCGAGAGGUCAGCCCCACGCUACCCGGCAGCGCUGCAGGAGCAGGACCCGUGCGUGGGUUCCUUCCGUGACCUGCUCUCCUUAGCCUCCCCCUCCUCCACUGAGAGGUCCCCGCUCUACAUCUACCGGGAGAACGAAGCCCUCAAAGACCAGGUCCAGGUCCACCUUUUCCCAGAGGAAAGCUAACCGGGCUUCAGAGGGCAUAUAUAUGCAGGGGAAGGGCUGAGCCAGAACUGGAAGCCAUCCGGUGCUGAUCCGAUCAAGUGCUACUGCAACUAGUCCUGAACACUCCUGUCAUCGUUUUUAAAGAGAGGAAUGUUGCGUUACACGGUAACACCUGGAUAUUUAAACCAGGCACAUGCUCCGAAUAUAUGGGAUAUAAUGAAUUGAAAAUAUGGAAAUGAAAAUGAACUUACAUGCUUACUUGUCUGUUUGUUUGUCUUUAUUAGUCUAUGUGUGUGGCUGAAUUUUCUACUUUUAUUUUUGUUGCAUAAUAAAUUAUUUUGUCUCUAAAAGAUAGUAUGGACUGAAUUUGAGUAUAAUUUAUUUCUUGAAAGUAGUAGUCAUUUUAAGUUGCAUGCAGCUGUACACAUUUAGACCUCACACAUCAGUACAACAAUAAAUCAUCCAGUAGCUGAAAUUAUUCAACUCAUUUAGCCCUCUAGACUAGGGGUGCCCAACCUUUUUUUGCUGGUGACCCAACUUUGAUGUCAAAAACCUCUGGUGACCCCAAUCAUUCACACUCUCAUCCAGUCCCCAUUGCACCCCGGCUCUGGCAAAGGCAGUGGCUUGUUUUGAGGGGCGGGUCAUCUUUUUUUUCUUUUUUUCUUUUUCUUUUUUUUUUUUUACAAAUGUAUUUAUUGAUGGAAAUUGGUGGUAUACAGAGAAUAAAAUGUACCAUUAAUGCUUCCCAAUCUCUAUGUUUUUUUUUUGUUUUUUUCAAUCAAUCAACGGGGCGGGUCAUCUUGGCCCUCUCGACUCCAGUGCUGGUGGUCUUCAAGAGCUGGUCAUGCUUCCGUCUGUACAGCCCUUCUCCCAGUGCCUUGGGGCAAUGGCUUAGAAUGUGUUCCACACUUUGAGAAAAGUGGAAAUGCUGGUGUCUCUGCCUUGCACCAUGCGUGGAGGUUUGAGGGGCUGGGAAGCACGUCAUAGAUAUCAGACACAAUUAGUGGAUGAAAAAGAAAAAUACAUUUGAAGGAGACUGGACAGUACCCACUUUAAUAAGCCAUUGCGUCAGGUUAUACCAAAGCAGAGCAACAAUGAGAAGAUUGAGUGGUUUAUUAAUGAGAAAAUAUGUAUGGCUGUAGAAUGUAGCCUUUUGUAAUGCGUAUCUGAAAUAGUCUUGAGGCUUGAGUUGAGUUUUUGCCAUAGUGUAAAUUGGAAGCAGAAGGCUAGGAAAUGAGAAAACGGAUAUAGUGUUACGUAGGCUAAUUUUAAUCUAUUUAAUAGAGAGGACCGUGACCCUUUGAAUAAUCGCGCUUACUGCCUCCGAUUUGUUGGCACGUUUCCUAGGCUAUGACUACACGCUCGGGAAGCGUAUAAAGCGUUUCACGGAGGACUUGCAAAACCACCAGUUGCAGGACUGCGCCGUGAAGCUGUUGGGACGAAGCAGAAAGAUUCGCAAGGCAAUAGCCCUCACUCUACUGGAAAGUUAAGGCACUCAAGAUGGCACCUAAAUUACAAAGGAAAUAUGACACAACCCUCAUAACAAUGGAUGGGACUUGUGCUGUAGCCCGUGGACAACGCGUUGCCUUUAUAAGUAGGCAAGGCACUUCUAGAGGGAGCUGGACAGUAUAUACAUACAGGAAUAGAGACAAAGCCAGUGGAAAACUUCAGAUGGCAUUUAGGUUUAAAGAGUUUAACCUCAUUCUGAAGGACAAUAACGUGAAGCUUGAAUCUGUCCCUAAUUUUGAAGAAAAGUCCGAAUGUCUGUUUGAGUGGUGCAACGUGGACGGGAACUCAGGGAGUUUGCAGUCUGUGGCCAAACAGAAUUUAUACCUGGGAAAAGAAAAGAAUCAGCUGAUCGCCUGCAGUGACCCACCAAAGGCAGAAGUGUUUGAGUUCCCUCGUGAAAAAAAAGCUAUAAACCACUGUGUGAAAAAAUAGUGAAACUUCAGACAAGCUAUGAAUUUCUGUUCUUUUCUUAGUUUGAUUAGUUAUGUUACAUUAACAGACUAACAGCUCUCUUUUGUAUGUAGUUUGUCUGUAGUUUCUGUGCUUUAUGAUGACUCACGGCUUCUAUUGUAUUGGAUCUUCAUGUACGUACUUAUCCGUUAUAUUGUAUUGUUGGUUUUUUGUACCGGUAUGCACUCGGUAUAGAGUAUAAUUAAUUAUCACAUAAUAGAACAUUAACAGGUAUUGUUUGAGUGUCUGACUUUUUCUCUAGUAUAAUCAUCAUUUUAGGUUCAUGAGAAGUCAUGUUCUGAGGGAGAGGUGAGAUGUAUUCAUUGAUUUAUUAUGAAACCGUUCAAUUCUAUUAUUUUAAUUGGCUAGAAAUGUUUGGUGAAGAUUUGUAUUAGUCAUAUUAAGGAAUAAUUUAAGGGAAGGCAGGACUCAAAAAGAGCACAGACAUACCAAUGACACAGGGUUACAUUUGUAUUAGAUUGAGUAAUUUAAAAAUGUAUGCUGUAUGUGUGAAAGACUUUUAGCGCCCUUCUGAGAAACACAGCUUUAAUAUGAACAAAAUACUGAUGCAUGUUAUAUGUGUGUUAUAUACAUAAUUGAAACUUAAAUAAAACCUUUUGUAUCUGAAA